AGCCUAGAGAGUGUGUGUGAGGGGAGUGUGCAUGUGUGUAAGAGAGACCGGAGAAAGAGCAAGCCCAUUCGGCACGAGCAGGAGGAAAACCCAAGAGCACUACGCUUGAGUGGUCCGAUAAAACAGCGUUUCUAAGCAAUCAGCCCGUUUGGCGAGGCUCUCGUGCCUGUUUGAAGUCAGUUUGCGGCGGGUGCAGAGCUAAAUCCGCUAUUUAUGGUACGCUCCGUUCCAUUUCAUCAUUGCGUUCCAAUAUGGACUAGCGGGGCACUCACUGCAACACAGCGCCGUGUAGGUGAGACGUCCAUUCUGUUCUGCACCAACAACAAAAAUCAAACCAGUGGGCCAGCGUCUCGAUUCGGACCUCUCCAGCUGGCACAGCGCACAUUUCAUAGGAUGAUUUUGCAUAGAGCAACACAUUGAGAGGGCUGUUUUCGUCAGCGCCUGAUCUGGAUUAUCGGUGAUUUUAACUUCGUCGGGAUGGGGAAGGAACAGGAACUACUGGAGGCAGCCCGUACUGGGAAUGUUGUAUUGGUGGAAAAACUAUUGAGUGGCAAGAAAGGAUUACUGGGCUCAGGUUCCGGACAUCUCCCCAAUUUAUUGAGUAUCUGGAGAGGGCUGAAUGUGAACUGUGCUGAUAGUUCAGGAUACACUCCACUUCAUCAUGCUGCGCUGAAUGGACACAGGGAUGUGGUGUUGAAGCUGCUGCAGUUUGAGGCGUCCACUAAUGUGGCCGACAGUAAAGGCUGUUUCCCCCUGCACCUGGCCGCCUGGAGGGGAGACAUGGAGAUUGUCCGCAUCCUCAUCCACCACGGCCCCUCACACUGCAGAGUCAACGAGCAGAACCAUGAGAAAGAGACGGCGCUGCACUGCGCAGCACAGUACGGCCACUCGGACGUGGUCGGCGUCCUGCUCCGUGAGCUGACCGACCCCAGCAUGCGUAACCGGCGCGGCGAGACGCCCCUGGACCUGGCGGCGCUGUACGGCCGGCUGCCGGUGGUCUGCAUGCUGGUCAACGCCCACCCGGCACUCAUGCACAGCAGCAGCCACACGCACCAGCACACGCCGCUGCACCUGGCCGCCCGCAACGGACACCACGCCGUGGCCAGCGUCCUCAUCGAGACCGGCAUGGACGUCAACGUGCAGACAGAGAAGGGCAGUGCUCUGCAUGAAGCGGCUCUCUAUGGGAAGAUUGAUGUAGUGCGACUCCUGCUUGACUCAGGGAUUGAUCUGAACAUCAGAGAUUGCCAGGGGAGGACAGCGCUGGACAUCCUCCGAGAGCAUCCGACACAGAAAUCACACCAGAUUGCAGGCCUUAUUCAAGAUUACAUGAUGGACGAGUGUGACCGGAGUCUCCUGGAGGAGCCGGUGCGCCACUGCCCCAUCCCCACCCCACGCACCAACAUGUCCUCGCCCGCCGCCUCUCCCUCCCUCAGACACAAGAAUGAGGCGGUGACGGGGGAGCUGUCGCGGCUGCUGAAUGAGAUUAAGCGGUGUCGGGACAGGGACUACUCCUUCGAGGAACUCUGCCACACCAUCUCCUCCCACUCCAUGGAGAGCUUCGGCAGUGGACGCCUCUCGGACGAGGAGCGCAACGGCACACUCGGCAGGGUCAGCAAGAGGCCGACACCCCCACUGCCCCCUGCGUUAGAGGAAGAGGAGAAGAGCUGUGGUCCUGCCGGAUUCUGGGAAGUGCUCACCCCCUGCAACGGAUGUAGAAACCUGGGCUUCCCAAGUCUCUCUCAGGAUUCCAAGCGGUCUGGCGAGAUCGUGCCGUCCCCGUCGCUGGACGUGUUUUUGCCAGAGGACGAGGAUAAUCCAUACGAGUCGGUGGCGACGGCCGUCACGCGCAAGCCCUGCUCGCUGGACAUUAGCCGUCUGCACUCCUGCCCCCGAAAUGGCCAUUCCCUGCAUGUGACUGUUGACGAGUCUGAGCUGUGUAACCAUGGUAACUCGUCCUGUGGGCCGACUCCAGACUGCUCCCCUCCUUCUCCCGACACAGCACUGAGGAACAUCGAGAGAGUCAUCCGUCCACAGCCCAAGCAGCGUACCUCGUCCAGCCAGGAUGCCCAGCAGCCCAAGCAUCCCCCACCGCCGGUGCCCAACCCUGGCUACGACCCGUCGGAGGUGAGCUCGUCCCUGGGCUACGCCAGCUUCAGCACCAGCCCCCCCGCCAGCCCACCGGUCAGCCCCGCCAACUACUCCGUCUGCUCUGCGGAGGACUGCGCCCUGCCAGACGAGACCCCUUCGCAGCGUGAGUGUGUGUUGAAGGACGCGUCGCGCCGCGAGAGCCGUGUGCCUGAGGAGUUCGCCGGCCUGCUGCACGGCUCCUCGCCAGCCUGUGAGACGCCGGACACGCCCUACCAGCUGUACGGCCGCGUUGCCAGCGCCUCUCAGCGCUACCACGGCAACCUCCUCUUGCCCCCGCCGCCCCCCUCACCCCCCUCUCCGCUCCCUCCUCCCGUCCCGCUCCCACGCACGUCCAGCAACUCCUCCUCGACGUCGGCCACCUCCAAAGGUCAACCGCCGCGCGUCGAGCCCAAGCCGCAGGUCCGCUACCGCACCAUCUUCCACACGCGGGUCAACCAGAACCACAGUCCGGAGGCCGGCGGCGGCGGCUCUGCCACGCGGGUCCAGCCCAGUCCCACCGCGGCCACGCCGGCCGCGGGUGCCCAUGUGAGGAACGGCGUCGAGGCCUGGAGCGCGGGCAGCGUCAGCGCCAGCAGCAGCGUUGGCACCAGCCCCUCGGGCAGCAGCGGCACGGCCACCAGCACCGUGGUCGUUGUCUCCGGCGGCGCCCACAGCAGCUUCGAGGAGCGGGCGUGCACGCUCGGGAGGAUGCGGUCAGUGCCGCGCAGCGUCCUGGACCUGCAGCUCUCCCGCUGCAUCUCCAAGUCCGACUCCAACCUGGUGGGCAGUUCGCCCGUGGAGGAGGGCGGAGGGGGAGGCCGGGGGCCGACCAGCCCAGGGAAGGGCAGCCCUGCUGGGGGGAGGCUGGAGAGGACCCCCUCCUUCACCGCAGAGUGGGAGGAGAUUGACAAGAUUAUGAGCUCGAUAGGAGCCGGUAUUGGCACGGGAUUAGAGGAGGAGGCAGACGAGGACUUCUCAGGACCGCGCUGCCCCGUCCAGUCGGUGGGCCAGUGGCUUGACAACAUCGGCCUCGUCCAGUACGAGAACCACCUGCUGGCCAACGGCUUCGACAACGUGCAGUUCAUGGGCAGCAAUGUGGUUGAAGAUCAGGACCUGCUGGAGAUUGGAAUCUUAAACUCGUCACACAGACAGCGCCUCCUACAGGCCAUCCGGUUAUUGCCACGGGUGCGGCCCAUUGGAUAUGAUGGGAACAACCCCACGUCAGUGGCUGAGUGGCUGGAGUCUUUGGAGCUGGGCGACUACACCAAGUCCUUCCUCAUCAACGGCUACACCUCCAUGGAGCUGGUCAAGAAGAUCUGGGAGAUCGAGCUCAUCAAUGUGUUGAAGAUCAGUCUGAUUGGUCACAGGAAGAGGAUCCUUGCAUCACUGGGGGAUCGCCUACACGAGGACGUGCCUCAGAAACCACCAAGAGCCAUCUCUCUGAGGGAGCCCACUGGUAACCACACCCCGCCACAGCUGUCUCCGUCGCUGAGCCAGGCGGCCUACACCAACGCCGGCUCGCUGGACGUCCAGCACCUCAUCAUGCAGGCCGACGCCCGGCGCCGACGCAAUGACAACUACUUCGAUGACGUGCCGCGCUCCAAACUGGAGAGGCAGAUGGCCCAAGUCAGCAUGCAAGGAGAAUGGUGUGAACCAAUCACGUUGCGACCCCCCAACGAGGCCACAUCAUCCACUCCAGUGCAGUACUGGCAGCAUCAUCCGGAAAAGCUCAUCUUCCAGUCAUGUGACUACGAGGCAUAUUAUCUGGGCUCCAUGCUGGUGAAGGAGCUGAGGGGCACAGAGUCAACACAGGACGCCUGCGCCAAGAUGAGGAAGUCGACAGAACAAAUGAAGAAGGUGCCGACUAUCGUUCUCUCUGUCUCCUACAAGGGGGUCAAAUUCAUCGACGCCACCAACAAGAACAUCAUAGCGGAGCAUGAGAUCCGGAACAUCUCGUGUGCGGCGCAGGACCCUGAGGAUCUGUCCACGUUUGCCUACAUCACCAAAGACCUCAAGUCUAGCCACCACUACUGCCACGUCUUCACAGCCUUCGACGUGAACCUGGCGUAUGAGAUCAUCCUGACGCUGGGCCAGGCGUUUGAGGUGGCCUACCAGCUGGCCCUGCAGGCGCGGAAGAGUGGCCACGGCUCCAGCACACUGCCCGAGAGCUUUGACAGCAAGCCGGCCAAGCCCGUCCCCAAGCCCCGCGUCAACAUCCGCAAGUCUGUCAUGCCCCCCACUAGCCGCUGGUCCCUGGGGCACAUAUACACCCCUCACCGGCCUCCUCUACACCCUCCUCCUCCUCCUUCUCCUUCCUCCCGACUCCUCCAUCACCCCCACAAAGUUCAAUUUCAGAUGGAGCAGCCCUCAAUGGACCAGAAGGGCCACGCCAACGUCCCUUGGAUAGUGGAGCCCAACCAAGAGGCCAAGCGAGGCGCCAACACCAAGGCAAUGGCGGACGCCCAUGUCUAUUACUCUGGAAUGCAAAGAAUGUAGCCAGCCCUUAACAUGGACCCUCUCACACAUACAAUGCAAAAGGACCACAAACAUGGACCCCUGUCUCUCUGUCACAAACACACACACACACACACAAAGAAACGUGUCAAAGGACUACAAACUUUGGAUGCCUGUUUUCUCUUAAACACGUCAAAGGACUACAAAAAUGGACUGCUGUUUGUCGAAGUGGCAAAGGACUACAAACAUGGACGCUCUCAGGCGUUGACAUUCAAUUAAAAAGUUUACUUCAGAUGAAGACUUUGUCACUUGGUGUCAAAAUGAAUAGACCCAAAGACUAAAUGCCUUUCUCCCAGAAUACAUGUACUCACAUGUACCCAUACUCAUUCAUACAUACAGUACAUACACACACACACAUGCAAGCAAAACUAUACAAACAUACAUUUUAAGGAUUGCACACUAACAGAUAUUUCUUUGAUUUGAAUGUAAACGUUAAUUGAGUCUGACCACAAGAACUGCAGCUGCCGAGGAGACAAACAACCCCCCCCCCCCCCCCCCCCCCCCAGGCAAAGGUUUGCUGUGGAUAUUCUUUUUUUUUUUUUCUGGUAGACUCGUGCACACACACACACACACACACACACACACACACACGCCUCUUUGCUUUCUGAACAAAAUAAAAGCAAGACUACACCUCUGUAUCUCUUAAGGGGAGUGGCAUGGAAAAAAAGAUUGCCUGGUUUGCCGUUUCAGUACUUCUGUUGUUUAUUUUUAUUUUUUUUCUGUUUCAUUCUCUUGUUUGUUUAUUUUCUAUCCUUCCCUUUAUGAUAAACAAUACAAUAUGAAUAUGCACAAUGUGAAUGGACUCACCGCAUGGAACUGGUAUAACAAAGAGACAUGUAAGUGCUGAUAUCACCUAGAGUGGUCUGCAGACAUGAGUGGCAUGUCUUUAGCAGAUAAAUGUUCAUAUUGAGAGACGUUUUAAAUGUUUAAUAUGAGAUUCUAUUACUGUUAAUUAUAAUUCUAAUUAUUGUUGUUGUGCAAUUCUUGUCUAAUGUUGUCUCAAUGUUACAUUAUUUUUGUAUGACAUGUCAAAAAAUUGGGCUACAGAACAAUAGCCAUUUUCAAAGAAGAUUAAAAGAUAUAUUAUAGUA